GAGAAUGCUCCAUUUGCUGGUGCAGGAUAAUUUUUUAUAGGCCCUCAGGGGUUCAUGUUUGAGAAAUGGGGGCCGACCAGCUCGGCCUCCUCCUCUGGAAGAAUUAUGUAGUCCGGAAGCGGCGACCGGCAAUCCUUGGUCUCGUAUUUCUCUGGCCCGUCGUGAUAUUUAUGCUGUUGUAUGUUGUCCGCGACAAUGUGGAGCCCGAGUACAAUCCCACCUGCCAAUUUCCAGCGAGGCUUAUGCCACGUGAUGGCCUACUGCCUUUCGUGCAGAGUUAUAUCUGCAGCGUUGGCAACCCCUGUGAUCCUCUCGAUAAUUAUGAGGAGGUUCCGUCGUACCAAAAUGCGAGACUCGGACCACUCAUGAUGGAAUUUCAAUCCCUCCUUCCGAACCAAACGAUCCUAUCAGCAGUGAAAAGCCUGCCCCAGAGCGUGAAGUUUCUCCGAUCAAUGGCGGAAAUUCUCACAAAGCCAGAAAUUAAGCAGUUGUUUGAUCGUGGCUUACGACUGGGGGAUUUAUUCAACAAUCACCAAGUUCUGAAGAGCUCUUUGAUGAAGCAGUUGCCGGGUGUCAGAGAGAACCUCCUAGAUGAUCUCUUUGAUACCUCAAUAAAACUGUAUUAUCUCAUCGAAUCCUUUGGCUCAUCGAACAUCGACGGUGUUGUUUGCAACCCAUCCAGCCUGAAGGAAUUCCUCAUCGUCCCGAGAGAGGAGAACCUCCUCGAGAUAUCGAGCGCUCUCUGUCACCUCAACUCCACCCAAGUGCCGCUAAUACUUGAAAAACUUACCGAUCACCUGGAUUUCGCGGGUCUCCUCGAGAUCGUCAGCCGAGUUAUGGCAAAAUUCCGUGACUACGACUUCAUCACUGACGUCACGAGAGCCAUAACAACAGUCCUAAACCUAGAAACAGUAAUCAAACAUGUCCCCGAGUACCUCAAACUUCGCGAGUGGAUCCCCAACUUCCUCUCCCUGUUCAGAACCCUCAACUUCAAAAAAAUCGACCUGAACUUCAUAAACCGAACCAUUGAAGUCCUAGAUCCAGUCUUCGCGGGCGAUCGCAAUUGGCCGGUAGCACGCUCCGGCUUAUCCAAGUUGAAUUCACUCCUCGAAAUAAUCAAAGAAGUAGUUGAGAGAAACACAACCGCGCGCGAAGAAGCCAGUCCCUUUGAACUUUCCCAAGAUUUCGGUGAAAGUGUACAAGCGUUUCCCCAUCAACUUUUAAAUUUAGAGGAUGUGACAAAAAUACUCGAUGGGACUUACCGAGUUCUCGAGGACGGUGUGAAACUAAUGAAACGACUGUUGGAUCAUCACGCUGACGACACUAAUCUAGCAGCUGAUGUUUUCGACGGCUUGAGGAACGUCUUCUCCGACAAGAUCAUUAACACGAUGACUUACCUCAACUCCAUGAUGGAGAGCGUCGUGCGUAUGGUCCAUCACGUGGCGAUCAUCCACGAAGAGCUUCAGGAAAGAAUGUUCAGAAUAUCAAAGAGCCACGAGAGCCUCGUCAACCGAAUUUUGACCGAAGUGAACCCCGAAGUCUAUCGAAACCUCAUUCAAACGUUCUCACACCUGUGGCAGACGGAGAAAUUCAUCGAGAGUACAGCAAAGACUCCACCGAUAGAUGUGAUAUGCACGGAGAAGAAUUUCAAAGAAAUCCUCAAACUCAACGUUCCCACGAAGCCUUCACGAGAGUACGAGUUAAUCUGCUCGGACGAGGGGAAGAAAUUCAUAACUGAAGUCUACAACGCCUUCGAGUUCCAAACAUUCCAGAAGAUUAUCGAGAACACAUUGGAGACAUUCGUGAUGAUGGCCUUCAACCGACCAAUCUCCAUAGAGAAAUCCAAUGCGACAUCGUCCGUUAAAAGCAUAAAGCUUCUCAUAAAUUACCUGGCGCACGUACCCCUGAAGAAGAUCGACUGGAGUGAUUUCGGAUUAACGGAAAAGUGGCUGGAGAUUUUCCAAGAGACUUCGGCGGAAGGGAGGAAGGACAUCCUGGUGUACCACCUGAGCAUUGCGAAACUGGUGGGACAGCGAAGCAUCUCGUACGCGCGAAUCAAGCCAGAUCUGGAGAAUAUGGAUAUAAUAGCGGACGUAAUCCUGGAUGAUCUUCGUGAGAACCCGACAAGUUGGAUAAAUCAGGUUCGCGAGCAUGAAUCAGAAUUAUUAGAGUCCUUCUAUUUGACUGUUUCGGAUCGGAAUAAAACCCUGGACAUUCUCGAGUACUCAAACUUCACGCGAGGAUAUUGCGUCCCUUCAAGCGCCCCUCAGCUGAUCAAUUACCCGGAGCGUGGGAACGCGUCGUUGUUGAAGGGGCUCGUCUGUCGAUUAGCCCGAGCCGUGCAGAAGGAGCUCGAGAUAAAUAUAACAGCAGUUGAGCUGCGACAAAUGACGUUCAGAGACCGCAAGCCCUUUAACUGGACACUAUUCAACGGAAAAAUCGUCGAGAUCUACGGGUACGUGGAUUCCCUGGUGCAGUUUGAUGACGAGAAUGACUACUACUUCAGAAAUCUGGAUAAAUUGAAGAGGGAUUUCACUGAAGCGUGGACAACACGCCUGACCCCCGAGCACGGAGCAGAGGUCAUCGUCGGGCUGCUCUGUCGACUGUUCGACCUAGCCGAAAGUCCGCUGUUCAGGAUUCAGGAGCGAGCAGGUUGGAAGAGUCUGCAGGCAGUGGCGUGGUCCGUCUCCGCAGUAACCGACAAGAUCGAGAAAAUUUUGGAUGACGUCUUGGGCAUGAAUGACCCUGGGAACGCAUCGCAAGGUCUCAGCGACAUGCCAGAGACUGACCUUCUGCUGGAAACAGCUCUCAGGAAUCUUCCCUCCAUAACUCUGGACCUUAUCGACAUCUUCAGCCAGAAAAACCCCGUCCACAUCCUCACAACGAUCAACGACCACGUGGUAAACGAGCCAAACUGGCCUUGCUCCUACAAACAGAGUCUCGGCGAAGCCCUGGAACUCCGUCCCGGCACCCAACAACUGCUCCGCCAGAUUGAAAAAAUCGCCUGCAAUCCCGUCCCCUUCAUCAGAGAGUGGAGUGAGCAUCCAACAUUCAUGAGGACCUCUAAAAUAUUCGACCGCGAUGGUCCUGGCCAAGUGCCAGCGUUCAAUUGGACAGCGGGCUACAUAAGAUUCCGUGGACUCGUCAACAAAUUUUUCCCCGAAGUUAAAAGGAUUACGGAGGGAGACGUUAUCCUGCAGGAGAUUCCAAAAUUCCAAGAGAAGGCGAAAACAUUUUUGGACUUUAUUGAUCUCGAGAUUGACAAGAAUAUUCCGACAUUUCAGAGCAAUUUAACAGCUAGAGAAGCGUGGAUGUCAACUGCUAAAGCGCGAGGAAUUGAUGAUAUUCUCGUUAUCGCUAAAUUCAGCUCCAAAGUACUUCACGAUCUCGUUCAUCUUGGCUUGGAGAUACUGGAAAAACCCGUGGAAACUAAUGCUCAAAGUUUGAACAUUCUCACUCUACUUGGAUUCACGAGGAAGAGUGUAGUGUCUAUAGUGCACCAGCGUCUACCCUACAUUUUAGCGACAGUGGUUUACGGCAUAUCCGAUCCUGAACUAGACCAUCAGAUACAUAAAGCCGUGGAGAAUGGGGAAGGUGUAACGUGUGAAAAACUAUUUUCAUGGUUCAUAGAUUAUAAAGUGGGAUUGACGGACGAGGAGUACUUAAAUCUAAAGAAUUUCACUUGCGAUCAUGAUACCCUCUAUUUCAACGCAUUCUUCGAUCUUUACCUCGAGGAGACUGCGUACUGGGGUAGACCCGUGUCUGACUACAGAAGUUAUUUCUUCACUUUAGCCCACAGUAUUCAUGACUUUGCGGUAAUUACCGAAGCUGCUGUUGAUAGGAAAAUGGUUAUCGAUCCGCCCGUCGAUAAACAGUACCUCAAUGGUGCUAUUAAUACUCUGAAGGAUAUACUCCAAGUCCCCCGAGUAUUAACAUCCAAGUCACAAACAAAGCAGCCGGAGAGUGGUUGGACAAUUUAUCGACUCAUUGUUGAAGGUUUAUCCGAGGCAUUGAAAAAUGCAGCUUUCGUGCUGAAGGAGAACAAAUUAGAGGGCAAUGUACUGCACCUGUGGGACAUGGUCAGGCCCGGGGACGUUCAUCAGCUCGUUAAAUUUAUAGAGACUCGACCCGCCGAGACCCUCUCAUUAGCCGCAACUCUCGCGACACUCAACGCAUCCGAUAAUGCCUUGAUUCCUUUUAAGGAACUCAGGCGCGCUAUGUGCUAUCAGCGAUUCGAUGCUAACUUCUGGAGGGAGGCGAACAAUACAGAAUUUCUCGAUCACCUAUGCACGUACGACCCUCGUCAGUUGGUGAGAAGUGCAACCAGUGAAGAGUAUUUGAAUAUCAUCUCGGGGAAGAGGUCUUCAUUAGAAAAAAUCGAUCCUCUAUCGAAGUCUUUGAUGAAAUUCAUCGAGGCCCUGUGGAACGCCAACGCGAAUUCCUCUCGAAAAUUGACUUUUCAGUCCAGCAUUUUGAACUUCACGACAUUGAGGAACCUUUCGAAUGACUCGAGAAAGUUAAUCUACGAGGCGGAGCAGUCGUGGGUCCACAAAAUGAUGGUGGAACUGGUCCCCUUGGAGUAUAACUUCUCAGUCCAAACGUUCUCAGACAUCGAUCUGAGCAGAAUCCACAAUAUGUUUCAAGAUCAUCCGCUAAACGCUGUCCGACAAAUAAUGCAGCUCGCGGACUCCUGGAUGGACGUAAUAUCAGGUGGUGAUAUCUGGCAAAAGUUGCGGACGACGUUUGAAAACACUAAAGUGAAAUCAGUUCUGAGUUUAAUCGAGGACUCGCCAAAUUUGGUCAUCACGGUUUUGGAGACGUUCAUAAGUUCGGAGAGACUCACCGACUAUUUCGAUAAGUUUAUUGCGGGUCAGGUGAACCUCUGUGAUAUCGAAAGGUACCUCAUCGCGCCGUCUUACGUCCGGAAGAAGGGCAUUCUAACGAGCAUCACGAAUUUCUGUCAGAAAGUCAUCCUCAGGGACACCAACUCUAGCAUGAAUGACUUCAAGCCCCUCGGUAUUGUCAAUAUAACACUACGCGGAAAUAUCCUAGACGAUAUAAACAUAAAAAAUAGCGAUGGCAACACGUGGAUAAGAGUUACAUUGAACGAGACAUACUUUAUGGAUACUCUGGAACACUUUCAAUCCACACUUUUGCGAUCUGUCUGCGACGGUAAUAAACCCCCAAAAGUACCCUCCUGGUGGAUUUCAUUCCGCGAAGGCACUUUAAUCGACUUUAAAAAGCAAUUUCAGGAGAGAGAUUUAAGGUCAUUGUCCCACACUAUAGUCUCCAAGUCGGUGAAAAUUCUUAAAAACAUAUUAUCAUCUUCUCCGGAGUUUAAGAACUCGUGUUCGUUCUGCGACACUCGUGUCGUGGAGAUUUUAAAUUCACAGUUGAGCCGUCAUCGUAUAUAUUCGGAUAUUCUGUGUAACUACAAAAGGACGAAGGUCGCUGAGCUGCAGGACAUGAUGGAUCAGCAGUUGUACUGGAAGAAGACGAUUGGGAUGAUAAAGAAUUACGAAUUUAUGACGAAGAAGUUCAAUGUUGAGAGCUUCAUGAUUGCCAUUCAGGAUAGUUUGCACUACAUUACGGACAUCAUCAUGGAUUAUAAGAAUCCCGGGGGUGAUAAGAAGCUGGAGUCGUGUCUGAUGAGCGCAGUGGAAGGUGUGAAGACCUUCUCACCAGCAAUCUACAUGAAGAUUCUGGUCGGAGCUCUUGACGGGAUCAAGCAAAAUGUGAAAAUCAUAGACACGACGGACAACCACGAGGCGCUCCUUAAUUACACCCGAAUAGCUGAGAAGUUCAUUCCCAUCUGGAAGCCCCUAAAAGACAUUGUGCAGAACUCAAGUAUUAGUGAAGUAGAGAAACUCCUACCAAAUGCUUCAUUAAACGUGAAUUUAUUGUUCGGCGAGAGGAAUAAUUCCCUCUGUAAACGCCAAAAGAACUGCGGAAAUGCGACAACUUUUAACGAUUUCCUCAACUCGAGGGGAGCUCAUAAGCUCCUUAAUUACGAUCCGAAAGCUGCCGGUUACCCAUCAACUCUGGACAUCUCCGAACUUUUGGUAAAUCAUCUUAACUUUGAUUUGAUAAACCGCGAAAUUGUGUCAUGGCGAACGAGUGCUACAUGGAGCCUAACCUGGGUGCAACAGAUUCUCGAGCAUUUGAUGCUGGCACUGGAAGAAAGUGGAAGUCUUCUGGAAGUUGCCAGUAAAAUUGACUUUCAAGAUGUAUCAAAUGUCCUAGGAGUGCCUGACGUCGCCGACGGGGUCGUCUAUCUUGUUAAAGACCAAACUAUUGAUAAACUCUUUGCUGCACUCAAGGACAUCGUUGAGGACGUCGAGCCAUUUCUCGAGAGUCCCCAAGUGAUCCGAGAUCUAAAUUCCAUCGUUGAUGCCUUCGAGUCAAUGGAGAUAUUCAAGAAUUUGGGGCUAUUGGAUAUGAAAUAUUCGGUCGCCAAAAUGUUCCAGGAUUGGAGUGUCCUCCGAAAGUUUCUGGUUAACGAUAUCAAGUUUUCGGAUGACCUUGUGGACAUUCUGAGUGAGACCAAGGUGGACAUGCUCUCGGUGUUUAUGAAGGAGCGGUCAGCUAUGAGCUUGACCGACACAGUUUGUUCCACAGAUAAAUUGAAGGAAAUGUUGGACUUCGAGGCUUCUCGCACAUCCGCGGAAGAAGUCAGUCGGAUCCUCUGCUCCCUGGACCCAUCGGUGACCCAGAACCUGGCAAUAACACUAAUCAAGAACAUUAAUUUUGAUUACGUCUUCAAGAACUUGAUGAGCGCAAACGUAAAGAACAUCUUGAAAAACGCGAACUUGUCGGAAGCCGAGGGAAACAUGAUAUUCGAUAAUCUCGGAGUUGUGGGUGAGCUCAUGCCCCUCUUCAAGGAUAAGAUGUCGUCAGAUUUUUCGGCUCAACAAUCCGAAACUAUGGAAACUGAAGAUUCCUCGGAGCUCACUAGCGGUAAAUUCCUGCAGGAUGCCAGUGAACUUAUGUGCGGGAGACAGUUGAUCUCAGACAGCGGUGAAUUUUAUCGGAUAAUUACUCAAAUCGAGGACACGAAGAAAACCGUGGAUCAGAGGGAAUUGGAUUCGUUGCCAACCGAUUUUUGUCGCGACACUUACAAAAGCUUCUUGAGCAUGACGGGGGGAAAAAUAGUGUGGUCGUACGUUAAGCCGCUUCUCCGGGGGAGAAUCCUCUACGCGCCUGCCUCACCAGUGAUAAAUAAAGUAAUGAGCCUUGCAAAUCAAACAUUCCGUGAAAUGGAAAUAUUCGGGCAAUUCAUGUCGAGCAUUGAAACAACGUUAAUUGCCGUAGCUAAUUUAACGGAUAUGGGGGACAAUCUGAACGAUUUGAAGGAGAUUAUGGCCUCUAAAGUCAUGAAAAUAGCGGUUCAAUCGAUGAGUGGGGGACGCGUCCAGGGUGAUUUAUCGAAUUUUGAUUUGGGCGAGUUAGCCUGGAAGUUGAAGAAAUCAGAUAAAUUAGUCACAAUGAUUGGAAUGUUGAAUAAUCUAGUGGACUGUAUUCUCAUUGACAGAAUGAUUGGAUUUACCAGUGAGGAGGAGCUCGAAGUUGAGGCACGUAAACUCACUGAUACAAAUGAAUUUCUCGCUGGGGUAGUUUUUCUCGACAACGAGAAACUAUCAAGAAGAUCUCUGGGGGGUGAAAGUUUGGAGCACGACGUAACAUAUAAAAUACGGAUGGACGUGGAUUACGUACCCUCGACAAAGAGAUUGAAAAAUCAAUUUUGGGUGCCUGGACCCGAAGGCUCAUUUAUCGAGGAUUUGAGGUAUCUACGUGGCUUUGUACAACUUCAGGACUCUAUUGAUCGCGCUAUAAUAGAAGUUAAAUCGGGCAAGGAGCAGAAUUGGAAAACAGUGUCACAACAGAUGCCCUAUCCAUGCUGGAAAUAUGCACCAUUUCAGAGAACUCUGUACGAAUCUCAGGGUCUAAUCACUUGCUUUUUCUUCGCUAUGAUGAUGUGCGUCGGCUCGGCCGUUCGAUACAUGGUUUGGGAGAGAGAAUCACAGAACUCGAUGGUAAUGAGUGUAAUGGGAUUAAAACCCUGGAGGAAUACUCUCGCUUGGUUCAUUACCACGACAAUUGAGUUGACGAUUGUCGUAACGUCAAUUUGCAUAAUUCUCGUGGCUGGAAAAAUUCUACCGCUCUCAGACCCAGGGCUAAUUAUGAUUCUCUUUCUCGAUUACGUUUUUGCUAUCGUUACGUUUUGCUACAUGAUCUCGACCAUGUUUAGAUCUGCUAGUUUGGCAGCGGUGACUACUGUCGUUAUGUUUCUGCUUACUUAUAUGCCGUAUGUCAUUGUUAUUGCUAUGGAGGCCACUAUGGGACUUGCGUACAAUUUGAUACUCUGCCUCAGUAUGUCGACAAGUUUUUGCUACGGCUGUUUGUACACAGUCCGCCGCGAGGUCCAAGGAACAGGCAUAAGGUGGAAGCACAUCUGGGAGGAACCGAGCCCCGGGGACCCCAUGUCCCUCGGUCUGAUCCUCACAAUGCUAGCACUUGAUGGCUGCCUCUACGCAGCAAUCGGCUACGCAAUAGUCAGAUACACCAACUCAGGAAAAGGUUCACCAGGUUUACGAUCCCGUAGCUUAUGGUGGUCCGAUCCACGUGCACUAUUCGGCCGGCCUAGCUACCUUGCAUUCGUCAACAGCCUGUAUUUCACUAAUGAUGUACUGCACAAUUCGACAACUUAUCAAGAUGAGGACAAUGACGCGACGACAAUGGCAGUAAGCGAGAAGCAAGUCGGUGUGAGAUUCGAAGGUGUACGAAAGAUUUACGACACAGAGCCAGGUGAAGUAAUCGCAGUAGACGACUUCACCCUAAAACUCUGCAAAGGUGAAGUGACUGGUCUCCUCGGUCGCAACGGAGCGGGCAAAACCACAAUAAUAAAGAUGUUGACUGGCAUGAUAGCCCCCACAUGCGGUGAAAUAUACCUGGACGGUGAGGAAGGCACUAAACCAGACAUCGGCGUUUGUCCCCAGGACAAUGUCCUCAUCGACACCCUGACCCCGCGUGAGCACAUGAUUUUCUACGCCAAGCUCAAGCGGCCAUUGAGUGACGAGGAAAUGCUGAAAGACGUUAAUUCCAUGCUGGCAUCUCUGGAACUGGGAAAACAAGAGCACGAGCCAGUGUCGAGGCUCUCAGGCGGGACCAAGAGACGUCUGUGCGUAGCACUGGCUUUCCUGGGCGCCCCAAAGCUUGUGAUCCUUGACGAACCCGGUGCUGGGGUGGAUCCAGCAGCGAGAAGACGCAUCUGGCACCUGAUUGAUCAGCACAGAUACAACAGGACAGUUCUCCUGUCAACCCAUCACCUAGACGAAGCUGACAUGCUGAGCGAUACCGUCGUAGUCAUGCACAAGGGCAAGAUUCUAUGCACGGGAUCACCCCUGAGCUUGAAAACAACUUACGGACAGGGCUACUGGUUGAACCUAUCGUUUCCAACUCCAGACUCGAAUCGAUACGCCGAGCGUCAGCGCUUGCAGAAACUCGUGGAGACUGUAGCUCCUAAUGCGAAUGUGGAUUCCUUGGGUUCUGAAGUAAGGGUGAGGCUUCCUUUCCAGGGUAAACACGGUAUCGCUAAUGACAUUGCUGGAGUGAUUAAAAAGCUGGAGGAGAAUAAGACGAGCUUGGGAUUCUCGAGAAUUUCGUUGGACUGUGAUACAUUAGAGAGGGUUUUCCUGAAUCUUUGUGGUAAAGCUGAGCACGGGAGUUCGGCUAUCGGCGGAAGUUUGGCUAGUGUAAAUAGUAGGGCUUCGGUUAAUGUAAAUAUAUUUGAUGAUACUGAGUCUAUAAUAACGGAGACGAUACUGAAGCCAUCGCCGUGGAGGCAGGCUAAGGCGUUGUUGAUGAAGAGAAUGUGGCAUUUUGCGAGGGACUGGAGAGCUCCACUUGCCACUCUACUUUUGCCGACGAUUUUUGUCGCCAUAGCCAUGGGAUUCUCACUGAUAAGACCACCGUCCAGUGAUGAACCACCUCUCGAUCUCAAUCCCAAGCUUUAUGAUACUCAUGUGACUUAUUUUUACAGUAUUGAUAAUAGUAGUGAUUUAUUUCUGCAACGGGUGUCAUCACAGCUUCAUGAUAAAUUCGGUGGUGAUUAUGCGGGCGCUUGGCAAAUUCAGCCGAAUGACACGGGCACUUGUGACUGCGAAGAGGGCCAACAAGUUUGUCACGGAGUUUCCAAGGCGGUGGAAGGACUCUUUCAAACGCUGCCGGGGCGACCAACUCUCGAUUGGAUAGUUUCCACUUUUCAUGAAUACAUUGAAAAGAGGUACGGCGGCUGGUCAUUAUCCCACUGGAAAGAUGAUCCAUUAUUUGUGGUUUGGUUCAAUAACAAAGGACACCAUUCAUUACCAGCGUAUCUCAAUUCGCUGAAUGGCGCGAUUUUACGGGCGUCUGGGGUGCCCGGCCGUAUAACAACUUUUAAUCAUCCACUGAAGUUAUCCAGUGACCAACUGAAUCGCACCAGUGUGCUCCAGCACGUGGCGGAUGUUGGAAUUGCUCUGGUGCUGUUGAUUGCCUUCAGUCUGGUUGCUGCGCAAGGUGCGAAGGAACUUGUGAGAGAAAGAUUGUCCGAGGAGAAACGUAUUCUGUAUCUCGCAGGAGUCCAUCCUGUUACCUAUUGGACAACUGCAUUUGUCUGGGAUCUUCUUGUUUUCCUUUGGUCAAUUGCACUCGCUGUCAUUGUUUUCGAAAUUUUUGGAUUACCGGCUUACGUUGCGAGAGACAAUCUGCAAGGGAUUGUUCUUCUUCUGGUGCUUUUUUCUUGGGCAUCAAUUCCGUUCAGCCAUUGUAUGGAAAAAACCUUCGAUGACGCCAGCCUGUCCAACAUGGUUCUCUUCUGCCUCAACACAUUUGUCGGAGUAAUCUGUCUGGCAACCAUCCUGGUGAUUGACAUAGUCGGAAAAAGUCAAGCAGCAAAAGACACACGCGAACUACUCCAUAAUUUGAUGUUAUUUUUCCCACAAUACGCACUAGGUGAUGCCCUCGUGCAGAUGUCAACAAAUGACAUCACAGCUGAACUACUCGAGAGAUUCAACAUGGAUACGUACAAGUCUCCGCUCGGCUGGUCGCUCAUAGGACAGCAUUACGUAUACCUAUUCACAGUUGGUGUUGUAUUCUACCUGGUCAACAUAGUGAUAGAGUGCCGUCUCCACCCCUUCCGCAAAAAGGAAAGUCCAGUGGUUGAAAAAAUCACCGAUGAGGACGAAGACGUUUCAAUGGAGAGAAUACGCGUGGAGAACAGUGCUGACAGAGACAUAGUUAAAACGGUCAGACUGAGAAAGGAAUAUCGCAGUGUUUACGGCAAAAAUAUAGCCGUUAAAAACCUGAGCUUUGGUGUACAAGCUGGCACUUGUUUCGGUUUGUUGGGCAUUAAUGGCGCUGGUAAGAGUACAACCUUCAAGAUGUUAACAACAGAGAUAACACCGACAUCGGGUAAGAUUAUACUCAAGGGCCACCAAGUGGGCUUGAAGCCACUCUGCAAUGGUGAAAUUGGCUAUUGCUCUCAGACUGAUUCUCUCGAUGGAUUCCUCACUCCUCAUCAGUGCUUAACUAUUCACGGACAAAUCUGCGGAUUAACUGAUGUAACCAGAGCCGUUGUCUCCAUACUCAGAAGAUUCGACCUAUUAAAGUACUCCCAUCAACGAGUCUCCAGUUUAAGUGGUGGCAAUAAGCGGAAAUUGUGCGCAGCAAUUAGUGUUAUGACUCCUGUUUCGGUUGUUCUUAUGGACGAACCGACCAGCGGUAUGGAUCCAGCAUCCAAGGAGCUUGUGGCACGUGCUAUUCACCAAGUUACUCAGACCGAGGCCUGCGUUGUUAUGACGUCUCAUAGUGUGGCUGAGUGUGAAAAAUUGUGCAGUCGAGUUGGAAUUCUAGCACGCGCCGGACUACGAUGUAUCGGAAGCCCUCAGCAUCUUAAACACAAGUACGGCGAGGGUUACGUAGCUUUUUUGAGAUUUCCACGAUCAAUUGUUGUCAAUGAAUUGGAGGAUGUGAUAUAUCGGUAUUUUCCGAUGGCUCAGGUAUUCUCAAGACAGGCCAAAGCAGCGCGAUUACUGAUACCGCAGAACGAAGAGCUGUUGCUCAGUGAAAUUUUCACAAAGUUGAAAUGCCUUGCUUGUGACUUGAAAGCAACAGACUACACACUCACCCAGAGCUCCUUGGACCAGGUACUGGUGAACUUUUCUACUGGGAGUGAAGACGAUUGCUCAGAUUUGCGGUCCAAUUCGAGAAGAAGGAUAAAUCUCAACUCGCAGCAUAGCGUGGAUGGCAUUCACAUGGAUACAUUUUGAUGAAAAAAAAUAUAUAUUCUGGAGAAUGGCAAACGAAAUGGAAUAAAUCAUGUCACGACUUCGUAA